AUCACAGGACCAGAUAAUAAAGGAAUCUAUAAAGGAGAUCGAGAGUCCAGUGGGAAAUAUACCUUCGCAGCCCACAUGGAUGGGACAUACAAGUUCUGCUUUAGUAAUAGGAUGUCCACCAUGACUCCAAAGAUAGUAAUGUUCACCAUUGACAUUGGGGAAGCUCCCAAAGGACAAGACAUGGAGACAGAAGCUCAUCAGAACAAGCUAGAAGAAAUGAUUAAUGAACUGGCAGUGGCGAUGACAGCUGUAAAGCACGAACAGGAGUACAUGGAAGUUCGGGAGAGAAUACACAGAGCCAUCAAUGACAACACAAACAGCAGAGUGGUCCUUUGGUCCUUCUUCGAAGCUCUUGUUCUAGUUGCCAUGACAUUGGGACAGAUCUACUACCUGAAGAGAUUUUUUGAAGUCCGGAGGGUUGUUUAAAAGGCCUUUUCCUGUUGAUCCCAAAUUCACAAUUCAGUUGUUUACCAAACACCUUGGUCAUAAUAAUGUCAUUAGUUGAUACAUUUUUAUUUUCUGAACGUUCAUGACUUAUGUUUCUUUGUGAUUAAUUGGUGUUGGGGAAAACCUGUUUAGGAAAGUUAGAGUGAAAAUUUGACAUUUGAUUGGCCUCUAAUUCUUACUUGAAUGCUGCCCCAUUAUAUAGGUCCUUCCAAGAGUUCAGAGGCUGUUGAUGCUGUAUGGGUCUUUAUUGUACUUUCACCUUCAGUUUUCAUAAUAAAAUGCAGUUUGUUCAGGAAGUAGCCCACAGCCUGACUGCAUUCUAGGGAGUCCCUCAUCUGUGGUUUAUUAUCAGAGGUUCAUUUUGUUGAAUCAUUAUAACAACAGGAAUCUGAAAUUGACCCUUCUGGUCCAGCCUCAGGGCAGAGCAACCUGACUGGAGAGAGGUAUGUUAAUGUGGGCAUUUAUACUUUCUCUUGAGUUUGCUUUAAACUAAACACUUAUCCCAACACUUUCCCCGUAAAGUUUUAUAUUGACACUUAGAACUCAAUCACCUCUAUUUGAAAUCGACACAAGCAGUUGAUAAUUUAGAAGUCUGUGGAAGCCAGUAUUUUGGGUUUUGGAACAGACUACUCUCCCUUUUGUGCUGCAUAGUAUGUCCGUUGUUGGCACUUAGGAAGAGCGAAAUUGCUCAAGUGGAAGCCUGCAUUUCUCAUGCCAAAGGGUUAAGCCUCUUGGAUGGCUUGCAAUGAUAGGCAACCACUAUUUUGUCCAUUUAGUCACUGGCCUUAGUGCCCUGGUCUUCAAUGUCAGCACUAGGGUUUUAUUUGUCCUCUGGUGUCUCUUUUUUUGACAAGUCAGUUUUGUUUAUAGAAAAUGAAGAGACUCUCUCUCUGAUGAUGGGUUUAAUGAAAGUCGCUCUGCUUUGCAUAUGGGCGAUCCAGGAUUAUGUGGUGACUGAUGUCUGGUAGCUACCUGGAUAUUUUAUUUUCCUUUUUGGAUCUUGCAAGGGGAAAACUACAAAUAACAAGUUUUGUAAAAUUAAUUUAAAUUUGUUAUCGGUUUUCAUGUUCAGGACAAAUAGUUUUUCAACCCUGGAUGACUAUCCUUGCAACAGUCUGUUGGUAAGGUGACUUUCACCAUAGGGCAGCUGUUGCAUGCCAAUUUUUUGUGUGUGUUUGUGAAAACACUUCAGAAUUGAAUUAAAAGAUGUAAAUCUAAAAUUGGUUGUGUAUCUAAUAUGCCCCAGGUUCAGUAAAUAAACAGUUCUUUUUAAAAACA